CUUUAUAUAGAACCUUUCAAGACGCCCAUGACAGUUCUUGCUACAAAAACGCAUUCAUCCAGCAACAUGGGGUCGAGAAACUUACUUGCAUCGGUAUUAGGUCUGCUGCUGAUUGUGAAUUGCGUGACUGCAUUGCAAUGGGACUACUACUUCGGUACACCGAAUGAGGACUAUGUAAAACUUGCCCAAAUGUCGGGCGAUAUUCCGCCGUUCCUUCAUCCCGUAACUUAUCCGAUAAAGGUUUCGCCACGAAGUUUGAUAACUUACGUCAAAGUGACGGUAUGGUCUCUCAGCGCGCCAAAAGUGGAUUACGAUGAAGACACCCAAACUGUUUCCAUCGUUUACUCUUUAUUACAGGUGACGGCCGCCUCAUACAAAAUUGAGGCCUAUGGUUUUAUAAACCCUGUAAGUUCUGAUGGAGAGAAACAGAUUACUGGUUAAUAAAUUUAAAAAUUCCAGCUCAACACUUUCAUUAUCUUUAUUUCGAAUUUAAAAAGUUUAAAGUCUAAUUUCAGCACAAAACAAGACCACCAACUUGUGAGAUUCUCAGAAUCGUAUGUCGCACGACACGAGUGACUAUUAGAUGCUAUUAGAUAUUUUAUUAAUUUUUAGGCGAAGAACAAUGUCUAUAAUCAGCUAAUUAAUCGGCAUGGAAUAAGCUUAUCGGUUAUUAAAAUAGUACAACUCAUUGAGAGUAUACGCUAACAUCGAGGUCUUCUUGUGGUCUUCUGUUAGCCACCAUGUAAUUUGUUUUGAGAUAUUUAAAUAUUUACCUUUAAUGCCUUUAAUGUUCCUCGACUGUAGACAGUUACAUUAUUUAUUAUAUUUGGAUUUAUUAAAGAAAUAAAGACAAACAUUGUA